CUCCUGUUGUAAAGAUGGCGUCCAUCAUGGAGGGGCCGCUCAGCAAGUGGACCAACGUGAUGAAGGGAUGGCAGUACCGCUGGUUCGUGCUGGACUACAACGCCGGAUUACUGUCUUACUACACGUCAAAGGAUAAGAUGAUGCGAGGAUCCAGAAGAGGCUGCGUGCGACUCAGGGGCGCUGUGAUCGGCAUCGAUGACGAGGACGACAGCACAUUCACCAUCACUGUGGACCAGACAGACUUUCCAUUCCAAGCCCGAGAUGCAGACGAGCGGGAGAAGUGGAUCCACGCCUUAGAGGGAACCAUCCUCCGCCACACCCUCCAGCUCAGAGAGGCAGAGACAGGAUUGGUGCCGAGCGUUCAGGACUUUGAUAAGAAGCUCUCUGAAGCGGACGCCUACCUGCAGAUCCUGAUCGACCAAUUAAAGCUGUUUGAUGAGAAGAUCAAGGACUGUAAAGAGGAUGAGUCCCGCAGAAAAAUUGAAAAUCUGAAGGAGACUACUUGUAGCAUGGUAGAGUCCAUCAAGCACUGUAUCGUUCUGCUGCAAAUCGCCAAGGACCAAAGUAACGAACAGCAACACGCAAACGGACUUAUAAGCACCAUUAACCCAGUGGAUGGGAUCUUCCAGCCCACUCUGGACACUCCUGUAGACGACGGCACCAUGCCAACACAGAACACACUCCCCACAGACUCUCAGGUGUGUAGAUCAGACCAACGGCCCUCCUCGUUACCUGUCGGUCCCGUCGUCACGGUGAUGGGCAGUUUGCAGACCCCGACCCCCAACAGCACAGGGAGCGUCCCCUCGGGCCCCAGCAGCGGCAUGGCCUCCCCCUCUCACAUGCCCCUCCCCUCACACUCAGUGCCCGACUUCUCGUACUCGUCCAGCGAAGACGAGUUCUACGACGCCGACGAGUUCUACCAGAACACAACGUCGCCCAAACACUGCAUCGAUCCCUCAGGGUCUCAGGCUGCUUCUAAUGAAGCUCUGAAGAGGCCGGACACCACGGAGUCGCUCAACUCCUCCAUGUCCAACGGCACCACGGACGCAGAUCAGUUUGAGAACGAUGAUCGUGAUGAUGAAGGAGAGGGAGAGUCUGUGGAGGAGCACAAGAGCGUCAUCAUGCACCUGCUGUCACAAGUCCGCCUGGGCAUGGACCUCACAAAGGUGGUCCUGCCGACCUUCAUCCUGGAGAGGAGGUCGUUGUUGGAAAUGUACGCCGACUUCUUCGCACACCCGGACUUAUUCGUAAGCAUCGCGGAGCAGGAGGAGGCCAGGGAGCGCAUGGUGCAGGUGGUGAAGUGGUACAUGUCUGCUUUCCACGCGGGGAGGAAAGGCUCCGUGGCCAAGAAGCCCUACAACCCCAUCCUGGGAGAGGUGUUCUACUGCCACUGGGACCUGCCCACGGAGACAGAGGAGCCCCCCCCGCCCACGCAGGAGACGGUGUCCGAGGGUCCUGUGCCGUGGUCUUCCACCAACAGUGUGUGUUUUGUGGCAGAGCAGGUCUCUCACCACCCCCCCAUCUCUGCAUUCUACGCAGAGUGUCUAAACAGAAAGAUCCAGUUCAACGCUCACAUCUGGACCAAGUCCAAGUUCCUGGGGAUGUCUAUAGGAGUGCACAACAUCGGGCAAGGCUGUGUGUCGUGUUUGGAGCAUGACGAACAUUACAUCCUCACCUUCCCCAACGGUUAUGGCAGGUCGAUCCUCACGGUUCCCUGGGUGGAGCUCGGGGGAGAGUGCAACAUCUCCUGCUCCAAGUCGGGCUUCAGCGCCAACAUCGUGUUCCACACCAAGCCGUUCUACGGGGGGAAGAAGCACCGCAUCACCGCAGAGAUCUUUUCACCCAACGAUAAGAAGUCCUUCUGCUCCAUCGAAGGAGAGUGGAACGGAGUGAUGUACGCCAAGUGGGCGACUGGAGAGAACACAGUGUUCAUUGACACGAGGAACAUCGGCAUCAUCAAGAAGAAAGUGAGGAAGGCGGAGGACCAGCUGGAGUACGAGUCCCGACGAUUGUGGAGAGACGUGACUCUGAACCUGAAGCUGAAGGACAUCGACUCGGCGACAGAAGCCAAACACAGUCUGGAGGAGAAGCAGAGAGGAGAGGCUCGAGAGAGGAAGGAGAACGAGCAGCAGUGGGAGACCCGGUUAUUCCACGAGGACGGAGAGGUCUGGGUGUACGACGAGCCGCUACUCAAGAGAUAUAACUCCCAGGGGGGGCACUGAGACCACACACACACACACACUGAGACACACACACACACUGAGACCACACACACACACACACUGAGAC